UCAAAAUAAACAGGUUUUCCUGCGAUUGUCAGCGAUGAAGAUAUUUUCUGCUGUAAAAUAACGACUUUAAAAAGCCCGAUCGUCGGGAUUUUUAGUCUCAUAAAAUAAGUAAUCAUGCCUUCUUCGAAAAAGACGGUUUUGAAGGAUCUUCAUAAAGCGAAUUCUGUUUCUGAGCUGAAUACGAUGGCAGAAAUUAAGACUGAGAAAAAUACGAGCUUGAAUCUAUUGUGUAAAUCUGCCGACAAGGUGUUCCUCAAAGCUCAAGACUUUGACCUAAUCAAUGAUGAAGAAAUGGCCUAUAUUUUCUUCAUGAGAUAUUUUAAUAUCUUGACUCAAAUAAAGAAGUCAAAUAAAUACAAGAAAGAUAAGGCUCACAUUGACAAACUUCUUGGGGAGACAAAACCAAGAAAAGCUAUCAGUCAAGCUGAAAAACUGCAAUCAAGUUUAUUAAAAAGGUAUGAGGAAAGGCAAAAGAUGAAAGAAGAUGAAGAAUUAGCUAAAAAGCUUCUUGCAAGAGAUUCAAAGAAACAGGAAGAAAACCAACCAAAAGAAUCCAAGAAACAUGUCAAACCGUCAAGUGUGAAUGAUGAUCUAGAUAGCCUUCUGGAUGGUCCUGCAAAUGGUCCUGCUAUAUCGUCACCUUCAGAUAUAUAUCAAAAGCUAAAGGUGAAUCACUCUUCUAUCUUAACUCCUGAAGGGUCAGAAUUAUCAAAUGGUCUCCAUGACACAAACACACUCAUUCCACACUUGUCAAGAACACCACGCUCUUUGACGGCAGAGCAGUUGUAUUCACUUACAAAGACAGUCGCUUCUUCAGAUAUGUUAAUCUUGGACAUCAGACCCAUGAAGGAGUACACAAACAACCAUAUUCACCAUGACGCUAGCAUCAAUAUACCAGCAGAGUAUUUAGAACAUGGGGUGUCAGUAAGCAACAUUGACAGACGGAUCCCAGAGAGAACAAGACUCAUUUGGUGUCAGAGGGGAACGAGGAACCACGUGAUAAUCCUUGACAAGUGUUCUAAAGCAAAUGAUAUCUCACCAGCUUCAAAACUCUAUCAGUUUAAGGAGGCCAUCUUUAGAUAUGAUUCCAGUUGUACUAUGAGAAAUGAACCUUUCUUUCUUGAUGGUGGUUUCGAUGACUGGUUGUGGCACUACCCUUCAUUGGCUACCAAGCCAGAACUGCCAGUGAUUUCUUCACAUUCAAAGUUGAAUGAAACUAUUGAUGUGUCAGCCCUUGAUUUCCCUGAAAUCCCAGAUGAAAAGAAAAUAGUACCCACCCCUCCCCCCAUGGAAACUCAGAUUAAACCCUCGGURAAUGAAAGAGAUAUCUCUAAACAUGAUGACAUGUAUCCUAAAGAGUCGGAUGUUAAACGCAUGGCUAAUGGAAAUCUAGGGCAGGCUAGAAAUGAAAUAUCUCAGCCAGAGAGAAAAGACAGAUCUUUUGAUCUCAAAGAUGGACCUGAUAGUUCACUACAAGAAAGCCGACCUCAAAUAUCUGGACACCCAACAAUACCAAUGAGCCAACAACCUCAAGUACCUGGACACCCAACAAUACCAGUAACCCAACCUCAAGUUCCUGGACACCCAACAAUACCAAUGAGCCAACAACCUCAAGUACCUGGACACCCAACAAUACCAGUCAGCCAAUCUCAAAUAUCUGGACACCCAACAAUACCAGUCAGCCAACCUCAAGUACCUGGACACCCAACAAUACCAGUAUGCCAACCUCAAGUACCUGGACACCCAACAAUACCAGUCAGCCAAUCUCAAAUACCUGGACACCCGACAACACCAGUCAGCCAAUCACAAAUACCUGGACACCCAACGGUACCAAUAAGCCAGCCUUACAUAGCACCAAGUAGCCAAAGUCAGCUUUCUGCAUCAAACAAUCCUCCUUCAUUUUCCAGUGGACAGACAGUCACUUCUGGACAAGGGGCUACAACACCUUAUUCGCUGCCAAGAGGGGUACAAGGAAAUGAAUGUAAAACAACUCCAGGGCUCCCCCCUGGUUGGGAGAAAUGUUUCGAUAAGUCAAGCAAUAGAGUGUUUUAUAAGAACCAUAAUACACACACAACUCAUUGGAAUAUACCAAAUGCUACUCCUGAGAAACCACAAGUACAAAACAUCCCUAAACAACAACCAUCAACACCACCACAACCAACCAUACCAAAACAGACACCAUUACAACAACGAUCAUCUAUACCUGGUCAAACACCAGCACCACAACUGUCACAAACACAACCACAACUGUCACAAACACAAGCAAUAAUACCAAAGCAACAGACACCACAACACCACACAAGUACAUCUAAUAAUCUACAACAACCACACACCAAACCACAACCAAGUGUACCAAAACAAGAACCGUCACAAUCUUACCGAGGAGAUAAACCUCCUUCUGGACAAGCAGUAAAAUUUAAGUCAGGUUUGCGCCGAUCAUUAUCUUCACCAAAUUUAGCAAAGCUGGAGGAUGAUGAACCACGAGUGGACAGAUCUUCAAAACCUGUUGAACCGGUUCAACCUGAUAUAAGAAGACCUGCUUUUAAUAGAAAUGCUAAACCACGAACGACCCUUAGGCUUGAAUCACUGAAUCCAGUUUCUGGUGGACUUGGGUUUGGUCGGACGGGACUUCGUAACCUUGGUAACACAUGUUAUAUGAACUCUGUAUUACAGUGCCUGUUUAGUACUGCACCACUUUCUGCAUACUUCAUAUCAGGUGCAUUUAGAGAAGACUUGAAUACCAAAAAUCCCAUGGGGACUAGGGGUUACCAAGAAGCCUUACUUACCUGCUCCAGAAGAUGAUCUUGAUCCAAGAGCAGCAGCAGAAAUAGCGUGGGACAAUCACAAGAAGAGAAACGAAUCCAUUAUGCUACAAUUGUUUGAUGGUCUGUUUAUGUCUACUGUACRCUGCUUGACUUGUGGCAAAGAAUCUGUAACAUUUGAAACGUUUUCUAACCUCACUCUACCCCUGCUGGCAUGUAGUCAAUGCUCAUUAAAAAACUGCCUGGAGCUGUUCACUCGUCCAGAGAAGAUGUCUGGUGAUGACAAGUGGUUUUGUCCCAAGUGUAAACUUCACAGAGAAGCAGUCAAACAGUUACAGAUAUGGCGCCUUCCUCCGAUACUCAUCAUUCAUCUGAAAAGGUUUCAGUAUGAUGGCAUGUGGAGGCAGAAGCUGCAAACAAGUGUUUCAUAUCCUCUCAGAGAGCUUGACAUGUCGGAUUACGUCAUAGGUCCAAAGAGCUUAUCAUAUAACUUAUUCAGUGUCUCUAACCAUUACGGCACAAUGCAUGGGGGCCAUUACACAGCAUUUUGUAUCAAUUCACAUGACAAACGAUGGUACAAGUUUGAUGACCAGCUUGUCACACAAAUUUCAAAUCCCAAUAAUGUCGUGACGUCAGCAGGAUAUCUUCUAUUUUAUACUUCACUUUCAUUCACACCACCAAAACCAUUUAAAUAAACAGCUGCAUCGCAGUGGACCUUUUUCGCAUUACGUAUUGGGGUCUAGUUUGGGUACAAACACUGUUUGUUUAUCUUGCCUUAUUCUUGGAGUGCAAUCACAUGACGUAAAAUCCAUGGAGAUAUAAAUAACAAUGAAACAGCUGCCAUGUUGGUUCAUCUAUCAAGAGAAGCUAAUGAGGAAUGCUAUGUUAUCGUCAACCAACAUUUGCAGCCAUGACGUAACAUGCCCCUAUUAAGACCAGAAUGCAUCAUUUAUAGAGUUAGAUCAUAGAUCAGUAUUCAUUCUAGAGUCGGCAAUGAAACUUACCAUGCACUUUUUUUCAGAAGGAAACACUUCUUUGCAGCCAACCAUUUUAUGUGGGCUUAGCCUCAAACUCAGGAGUUUGUUUGGUUAUUCUAAUUUCUGUUUUUAUUUACCAAACUUAGAAGCGAGGCUAAGUCUGCAUACACUGGAGUUUUAAGAGUGGUCAAUAAUGAUGGCAGUGGUUGUAUAACCAAAUUAAUGUAAAGUGACAUUUGGAGGCUGUAUUUCAGUUAAAUGUUCACUAAGAAUCAUGCGUGGGAGUACAGAGGGACAUACUUAAUAGUAAAUUCCUUCAGGACCUUGCUCCGUUUACUAAAAGGUGUUUAAUAAAGAUAUCACUGUACCAAUAUA